AUGGCGUCUCCAAGCACCACGUCGGUCCUCAACAUUGCCGCGACCAGCGUUCCGACGCCUGCAGGCACGUGUUCCCUGUCGGCGACCUCCAGCGGCACGUCGAUGACUAUGGUGCCUGUUACGACGGGUCUUGCGGCUUCGACGGCUGUUUACGCAGCCUUGAACGACGCUGCGGUGCUCAUGCUACGCCCGGCGCCCUCCGUGCCUUCGAUCAGCGCGCUGCAAACGGCUUCGACCACUACACAGAGCGCGCCAGUGACUAGCACAAUUUCUGGACUGCUACAGGCUGUCGAAGCGUCGCCCUACCGGACGGAGCCUGGCCAGCCGGUCAGGUCACGAACACCACGGGCUGUUGCGGAGAUCCAAAAGCUCCAAGAAGACCUGGAACGAGCGAACAAGCUGGGCGCUCAAUUUGCUGCAGAGAAACUCGAUGCGGAUGAUGCCGUCAGUGAGGCUGCGCUGAAGAUCACUUCGCUCGAGUGUGAGCUCACCGGGGCUCAGAAACGCAUCGCCGAGCUCGAGGCUCAGAUCUUGGACUCCAGAGCGUUUGAUCCCGGCGCCCUCUAUGACUUCUUCGUCAACAGCAGCGCUUUCAAGGGCAACUGGCGACGCUUCCUCGAGUUGCUGCAGCUGUACCGGACAGGGAAACUCGUUCCGACUGGCUAUCGCACCACGAUUCAAGUCUCUGCGCGCGAUCUGGAAUUCGAGGACUCCGAUCCGUAUAUGGCCCAAGCUGCUCAGCCCAGCGCUGCUUCGGCGCCAGCAUCUUCGUCUUCGGGAUCCGCUCAAGCGACUACGACUACGACCAGAUCGUCUCUGUCGGCCACCCCUUUGCAUACGCCGCUGAUGCUCAGCCUGGACAGGUCAACUUCCGCGGGAUCCAGUAAAAUUCGACGUAAAGCGCUCAAGUCGCUGCCACUGACUAAGGCCUUGGAUCCAAGCAGCUCGAAGAAAUCUGGCGGGCUGAAGAUCCAGACAAGUGCGCCCAGCUCGUCAGCCGCGCUGGAGACUGUGGACUUGGCCCGCUCGGCCUCCAGCACACCGAAGGUCAAGACACCGAUGAUCAAACCGUUCACACAGCAAAUUGCGGUGCCACGCCGCCCGACCAAGUUCAAGCCUGAGCGCAAGAACGCCAAGAAGGAAUCUCCCAGCGCUCGUUCGGACCUGGACGCAGCAAAGGCUGUGCCCAACCAGUUCAGCUGGGAUGGCACUCGCCCAGACGUCCAAGAACUCAUGCUGGUUGGCGUGGCGUUCUAA